CGUAUUGCAUAUGCGGAAACAGGCAAAAACGCUUCCAAUUCCAAUUAGAUUGGCGUCUCUUCCCUCUCAUUUGCUCCCUUCUCCUCCGAUAGUUUCAACGGUUUCAUAAGCAGAAGCAGCAGAUACCUGCUUCGAUUUCCUCAUCACGCCGCAUCAACAGAUCGGAGAGAAAGAGGAAGGUGAAGUCAACAUUAUUAUUGUAUUAAGUACUGGGAAUGCGACUAGGCGGCAAGUAUGAGAUCGGGAGGACGCUCGGAGAAGGCAAUUUCGGCAAGGUGAAGUACGCCAAGAACUUGGAUUCCGGUCAAUCAUUCGCCCUCAAGAUCCUCGACAAGUCCAAAAUUCUCGACCUCAACAUCACCGAUCAGAUAAAGAGAGAGAUUGGGACAUUGAAGCUCCUCAAACAUCCAAACGUGGUCAGAUUACACGAGGUCUUGGCGAGCAAAACCAAAAUCUACAUGGUCCUAGAAUACGUGACUGGUGGUGAAUUGUUUGACAAAAUUUCAUCCAGGGGCAAGCUCCCAGAGGCUGAAGGAAGGAAGCUCUUCCAGCAGUUACUUGACGGAGUUAGCUACUGCCACGAUAAGGGCAUUUACCACCGGGAUCUCAAGCUAGAGAACGUACUGGUUGAUGCUAAAGGAAACAUAAAGAUCUCUGAUUUUGGCCUCAGUGCAUUGCCCCAACAUCUAAGGGAGGACGGUUUACUGCAUACAACCUGUGGAAGUCCCAACUACGUUGCCCCGGAGAUCCUUGCCAAUAAGGGUUACGAUGGAGCUACAUCUGAUACGUGGUCAUGUGGUGUCAUCUUGUAUGUAAUUCUCACAGGCUAUCUGCCAUUUGAUGAGAGAAAUCUUGCUGUUCUUUAUCAGAAGAUUUUCAAGGGUGAUGCUCAAAUACCGAAAUGGCUAUCCCCAGGAGCUCAAAACCUUAUAAGAAGGAUUCUAGAUCCCAACCCUGCAACACGGAUAACAAUGUCAGAUAUUAAGACUCAUGAAUGGUUCGAACAAGACUAUAGUCCUGCAAAUCCUGAUGAUGAAGAAGAGAGUAUAUACAUAGAUGAUGAGGCCUUGAGAAUGCAUGAGGAGCCAUUGGAAGCAGAGAAAAGUCCCCAAUCACCUAACCUUAUCAAUGCCUUUCAGCUGAUAGGAAUGUCCUCAUGCCUAGAUCUCUCUGGUUUCUUUGAAAAUGAGGAUGUUUCUGAAAGAAAGAUCAGAUUUACCUCCAACUAUUCCCCAAAAGAAUUGUAUGAGAGGAUUGAGGAUAUUGUAACUCAGAUGGGAUUUGUUGUCCAGAAGAAAUACGGAAAGCUUAAGGUGAUGCAAGAGCACAAAGGUCAGAAGAGGUUGGGCAGCCUCUCAGUUGCGGCAGAAGUGUUGGAGAUAAGCCCAUCAUUAUAUGUUGUUGAAUUGAGAAAAUCAUACGGAGAUUCUACGGUUUAUAGACAGUUAUGUACAAAGUUAUCAAGUGCGCUGGGUGUCUCAACAAGUCGAGAGCUGAUGGCAAUCCAAGUUUGAGGAUCAAGGUAGUUGUGUCUAAGUUAAAGAACAAGAAUAUAGAUUGGGGCUUGUAAAUAUUAUACCCAUAAAUGGGUGUAUAUAUAUAUACACACAUAUAUCUUUGUAUGUAGUCGUCAUCUUUCAUUCUUCUUUAGUCUUGGAAAUUGCGUAUAUGCGUGUAAAAGACAAGGGUAUUUGGAUUGCACUAUUGCUGUAUCUCAGACUGGAUAUGGUAUGUAUACUCUGGACGUCCUUCAUUUGUUA